UGCUUGCCAUCUGGCUUCUCUUUUCCUUCAUUGUCCUCUCUUCGAAACAAUCAGACUCCAGUUACUUCUCGAUUCUCUGAAUUCGUCCAUCGAAAGCAACACUGAUACGAUUAUUAUGUCUCGUUUAAUUCAUUCCAGACUAUCGCUCUCCAGAUUAUCCAAUACAUGGGGUUCAAUCGGAAGAGGAAGAUAUUUGUCAACGGAAUCUAAUAAGAUCGAUGAACCACUUAAAGUAGAGGAUGCUGAGACAAUAAAUCCACCACCUGCGGCAGAAAAGGUACUUGUGUUGGGUGGAAAUGGGUUUGUUGGGUCCCACAUAUGCAAAGAAGCAUUGGACCGAGGCUUGUCAGUUGCAAGCCUUAGCAGAUCUGGCAAACCAUCUAUCAAAGAUCAAUGGGCAAACAAAGUGAGUUGGCAUCAAGGUGACUUGCUAUCUGGUGAUUCAUGGAAGGAAGCACUCAAUGAAGUCACUUCUGUUAUAUCUUGUGUUGGUGGUUUUGGUUCCAACACCUUCAUGUACAAGAUCAAUGGAACUGCAAACAUAAAUGCUGUUAGAGCUGCAGCUGAAAAAGGGAUUAAAAGAUUUGUCUACAUAUCUGCUUCUGACUUUGGUGUGAUUAAUUACUUGCUACAAGGAUAUUAUGAGGGAAAGAGAGCUACUGAAACAGAGUUGCUAACAAAGUUUCCAUAUGGACAUGUGAUUUUGAGGCCUGGUUUCAUUUAUGGGACACGUAGAGUAGGCAACAUGAAGUUGCCUCUUGGAGUAAUCGGUUCUCCACUUGAGAUGGUUCUACAAUAUGCAAAGUCACUAAACCAGAUUCCAGUCAUUGGUCCGUUGCUAACUCCACCUGUGGAUGUUAAAGCUGUAGCAAAAGUUGCUAUAAGAGGGGCUAUUGAUCCUGUAUUCCCUCCUGGAAUUGUUGAUGUCUAUGGAAUAAAACGUUAUAGCCAACAGAAAGCUUUCUAAAUUAACCGGAUCUUUUUCCACAUCAAGUUAUUGAUAAUAGAGAGAUCAGAAUAUUACUUCAUACAGGUUAAUAAAAUAGAUGAAAUGAUAAAUGUCUUGCAUUGUUUUAAACAUGGGUAAGUUGGGUUAUUAUUAAAAUCGUGUCUUUGGUCUUUUUUAUAUGUAAAAGAAAGGGGAUAUGAAUAUGCCAUGCUUUGGGGGUUGCCACUACCCAAUAAAGUGUCAUUAUCAUGUUCAACAUAUUAUUCUUUUGGUUUGUUAAAUACUUAAAUCCACCACCUGAUUAAAGAAGAGAUGAUUUAAAGUUCA